AUGAAUUCCUUGGUGGCUGAGCGAAAUCAGCAAAGGCAGGGAAGGUGCUUACACUUUCUGUUUGCUUGUGCAAAUCGACAGGGAGGCAGGGGAGCCUCAUCCUUUGGUGUAAGCCUUUGCCUUCAUUUGAGGAGGAGGCAUAAGGAGGUUGUAAAUGUCCGUAGGGGCCUGGAGGAUGCUGGAGCAGUUACAAGCUACUUAGUCCCCUCCUUUGCCCCUGUGGUGCCCAGAGUUAAACGCAGAAAGGGCGUCUUCACUGACCCUUGCCCAGGCAAGCUGGUGCGGCCGUGGGGCACAGGCAGCUGGGCGUCUGUGGCCUCUGCACCUCCCCGGAACAGGGGAGAGCCUCACCUGUGUGUGCAUGUGGUUAAUGAUGAGAUGUUUGCUUCCCUUGCACUAAGAGGUGGUGAACUGAGUUUGAGUAGAUCAAUGAUCAAUAGCUCUGAUAAGGUAAUUCAAAAGGGUGGCUCCUCAGUCUUCCAGCAUGCUGUAGAAGGUUGGAGAAUCAAUUCUUCUUUGGUACUGGAAAUAAGAAAGAACAUUCUUCGAUUCUUGGAUGCUGAAAGAGAUGUCUCAGUGGUCAAAAGCAGCUUCAAGCCAGGAGAUGUGAUUCAUUAUGUACUGGACAGACGUCGCACGCUAAACAUUUCUCAGGAUUUGCACAGCCUUCUCCCUGAAGUUUCUCCAAUGAAGAAUCGCCGAUUUAAAACCUGUGCAGUUGUUGGGAAUUCAGGCAUCCUUCUGGACAGUGGAUGUGGAAAAGAGAUUGAUAGCCAUGACUUUGUCAUAAGGUGCAAUCUAGCUCCUGUGGUGAAGUUUGCUGCAGAUGUGGGAACUAAGUCUGAUUUUAUUACCAUGAACCCUUCAGUUGUACAAAGAGCAUUUGGAGGCUUUCGGAAUGAGAGUGACAGAGAAAAAUUUGUGCAUAGGCUAUCCAUGCUGAAUGACAGUGUCCUUUGGAUCCCUGCUUUCAUGGUCAAAGGUGGAGAGAAGCAUGUGGAGUGGGUUAAUGCAUUAAUCCUUAAGAAUAAACUGAAAGUGCGAACCGCCUAUCCAUCACUGAGACUUAUUCAUGCUGUCAGAGGCUAUUGGCUGACAAACAAGGUCCACAUUAAACGACCCAGCACUGGUCUCCUCAUGUAUACGCUUGCCACCAGAUUUUGUGAUGAAAUUCACCUGUAUGGAUUUUGGCCAUUCCCCAAGGAUGUACAUGGAAACCCAGUAAAAUAUCAUUAUUAUGAUGAUCUGAAGUAUCGGUACUUUUCUAAUUCCAGUCCUCAUAGGAUGCCAUUAGAGUUUAAAACGUUGUAUGUGUUACAUAACAGAGGAGCACUUAAGUUAACAACAGGGAAAUGCAUACAGCAAUAAACCACAUUUAAACUACAAUGAGAAGUUGAGAAUACACACUUCGUCAUAAAGAUGUUGUGAAAUGACAGUGGGAUCCCAGUGAAGAUGGGGAUCAAUGUUUCAAUAUCCACUAAGCCAUUGGAAGGAGGAAUUUUAUCAGAAGUACAUAACCAGCUGUUACACCUGUAAGUGCUGUAUAACCAAGCUAUCUUGACUGCAAGGGUUUAAGUGCCACUUUCACCAAGAACAAAGCUUGAAUGUAUACUCAGUGGUGUUUACAGGAUCCAGUGACAAAUUCAUGAUGAACUAAUGAAGACAAAUACAGCCUGCUGACUUUCCACUGGUCAGACAGCCCACAGAAGAAAUCCCCAGUGGAAGAAAUAAUUUUGUGAGCAAAUAAACCAGGCUUUGGCAGAAAAGAUUGUGGUGGAAUUGAGUAGAGAAAGUAAAGACUGUAAGAUAAAUCAGUAAAUAUCUUCAGUCAGAGAACUGUUUCUGA